AUGGCUAUAUCUGCAUCCAUUGUGGAAGAAAGGCCCAUACUAUGGAUGUCAACUGCUGCAAACACUUUGUCGGCUAAAACCCCAUUAACAAAUCUAAACAAACAUGCAGAUGGUUGUGCUGUCAAUGUUUUGUUUUCUUUUAAAAUGUCUAAAAUUAUCAAAGAUGAUGUUACAGAUUUGACCGUUAAAACCCCAUUAGCAACUCUAAAGAUCUUUGAUUGUCCGUGCUCUGAAGUUCACAUAAGUCUCGAGAUUGGUGGUGGGUUUGUUCGUGGUGUCUUUGAAGUCAAUCUUAUUGAAGAAGUCGUCAAAGUGCCGUUAAGAGGAAAUCAGAUAAAAGAUAACAUUUAUUUGGCCAAAGAACGUAAGAGGCGUCUGAAAAGAGAAGACCGGGGAUUGGUUUCUUCAUUUGUUGGUGAAGACGCGCGGUGCUGUGCAGUCCUAAUCGUUAUGGAUGCUGAAGAGAAGGGCCUUAUCACUCCUGGGAAGGUUGGUAUAUCUUGA